GUGUAGGAGCGCCGGGGCCCAUAUACUGUGGUGGUGGAGGUUGCUAUAUCUGCGACGCAGCUGCUGCAACGAGGAUUGAAUCGAGAAGUGGGAAUGGGGCGGGGAAAUAAAGAAAUAAAUGCAUGUGCGUACUGCACAUGAUUUAGUGUAAUGUAGCCUAGCGCUGUGGUGUUAUUGGUGAUAUCAUUUUUCAAUAGCGCGUUGAUAGUCGCGUUCAUCAAUGCGUCAGUCUAUGAAAAGAAAUGAAACAAUGUAAAUGGUGUUACAGUUUACGUAGGAAUAGCAAGCGAUGGAAUUACUAACAGUCGAAUGCGAAUAAUACAGAGGUGUAUAAUAAUUGCCUACAAUAAUAAUAAGACAAUUCAUAACAACGACACGGUACUUUAUGGUAUACUCUCAAUCAUAAACCACCACGGUAUUAUUAUUAUUAUUCGUACAAUCAAACAUUAUUGACGGUACUGUGAAGACGUGCAUAGGAAGAGCGAGGAGGAGGAGGAGAAGAAGAAGAGCACUUUACGCAGCACACUCCUUGACACACAAACACGUGAGCGCCGCUCGCUGCGCACGGCCCUGGAGGGAGGGGAUCCUCCGUGAUGCUGCUGCUGCUGCUGCUGCCACCGCCACUGACGAUGCUCCUCAUGCCGGUGCUGCUGCUGCUCACGUUGGAGGCUUCGCCACAGAACCCGUCUCGCGGACACGACUGCUGCUACUGCUGCUGAGGUCAACCAUCCGCGUCCCAUCCCCGUCGGUCCCGUCAGUUCGUCCACACCCAGAGAGCCGCCAUGGGGGAAGAGCCCAUGAUCAAAACGGCCCGCAUGGAGGGACACAUGAUGGAGCUGGUGGGCAGUAACCCCCCGCAGAGGAACUGGAAGGGAAUUGCCAUUGCCCUGCUGGUCAUUAUGAUUGUCUGCUCACUCAUCGUCACCUCCGUGAUUCUCCUUACUCCGGAUGAAGACUUGAGUUUGGCUUUGAAGGCAAAGGUGUCAUUGGAAGACCUUUUCAAUAAGAACUUCCAACCCGUGGAAACAGAAGUACAUUGGAUAAGUGGAAGUGAGCUGAUAUACCGUAAUAACAAUGGAGACGUAGUCCGACUCAACGUGGAGACCAAUGCGAGCUUUGUUCUGGUGGAAAAUUCUAUCUUCGUAUCCUUAAAGGCAACCAAGUAUCAAGUAUCUCCGGACCUCAAAUACGUGCUGCUGGCAUAUGAUGUCAAGCAGGUUUAUCGGCAUUCCUACGUGGCAUCGUACUCCAUCUACAACAUCCACACCAGGGAGGUGAGCGAGCUGAAUCCCCCGGAGGUGGAAGACUCGGUGCUGCAGCACGCCGCCUGGGGAGUGCAUGGCCAGCAGCUGGUUUACAUCUUUGAGAAUAACCUUUACUACCAGUCGGAGGUCAGAAGCAGUGCCUUGCGGCUGACCUCUUCCGGAAAGGAAGGCGUCAUCUUUAAUGGCAUUGCUGACUGGUUGUACGAAGAAGAGAUACUGCAUUCGCACAAGACACACUGGUGGUCUCCCGAUGGCACGAGGUUGGCUUACAUCACCAUCAAUGAAACGACGGUGCCCAGCAUGGAGAUCCCACUGUUCACAGCCGCUCUCUACCCGGGCAGCCGGCGGUACCCAUACCCCAAGGCUGGGCAGCCGAACCCUAGGGUGCGACUGUUUGUGGUCACACUUUAUGGACUGACUCACACGCAGGAGCUGAACCCACCCGAGGCCUUCCGCUCCAGGGACUACUAUGUGAGCAUGGUGCACUGGGCCACAGGGACUCGCAUCGCUGUCAACUGGGUGAACCGUGCUCAGAAUUUCUCCAUCCUAACCGUGUGCGACGCUGCCACAGGAGCCUGCAUCGAGAGGCAUCGAGAAAUGUCGGAGGCUUGGCUACCCAGGCAGGAUGAAGCGCCAGUGUUCUCCAGAGAUGGAUCCAAGUUUUUCUUGCCAGUGCCUGCCAAGCAAGGAGCGAGAGGAGACUUCCAUCACAUUGCCAUGUUUGCACUUCAGCGGGGGAUCGUUGGAGGAGGAGGGCAGGCCAUCGUGAGGUUCAUUACUUCGGGAAACUGGGAGGUGACGAAGAUUCUGGCUUAUAAUGAACGCCAACAAAAAGUGUACUUUCUGAGCACAGAGGAUUCAUCUAAGCGUCGCCAACUGUACAGUGCGGAGACCACAGGGACUUUUAAUCGGCAAUGCCUCUCAUGUGACCUCAUCCCUGGCUGCAUGUACUACCGUACCAUCUUCAGUCCGGGCAGCUCGCACUUUGUGCUGCAUUGUCUGGGACCAUCUGUCCCCAAGAUUACCGUCCACACCAUGAGCGACAUAAACAAUUACAUGACUCUGGAGAACAAUACGUUACUUCGAGAGGCAGUGGCUACAAAGCUGAUGCCCAGGACCGAGUACCACGAUGUCCAUAUAGAUGACUACGUGCUGCCUUUACAGCUGAGCUUCCCCAUCACUUUCUCAGACAGGGCACACUACCCCGUGCUGCUCAUGGUCGACAGUUCUCCCGGCAGCCAGGUGGUCACGGAGGAGUUCCGAGUGGACUGGGAGACGCACCUGGUGAGCUCGGUCGGUGUCAUCACCGCGCGUUUCGACGGGCGGGGCUCCGGCUUCCGCGGAAACAAACUCCUGCACGAGCUGCACCACCGCCUGGGGGCAUUGGAAGACCGCGACCAGAUCGCAGCUCUGAGGACACUCUUGGACCUUCCUUAUGUUGACAAGUUGCGAAUUGGGGUGUAUGGAAAGGCUUAUGGAGGAUAUGUCACCACGCUGCUGCUCGGCUCUGGAGAAGCCCUAUUUAAGUGUGGCGUUGCUGUGGCUCCCAUCACUGACUGGCGACUCUAUGCGUCUGCUUUUUCUGAGCGCUACCUUGGCCACCCAAAUCAUGAUGAAAAAAUAUACGAGGUGUCACGAGCUGUCCACAGGGUGGCCAAGCUUACGGACGAGAAAGUGCUGCUGAUCCACGGCACGGCUGACGCAAUGGUCCAUUUUCAGCAUACGACCGAGCUCAUCAAGCAAUUUAUUGCCGCUGAAGCCAAUUACUCCCUCCAGAUAUUCCCAGACAUGGGUCAUUUCCUGAUGGAGGAUCGGGCCAGAAGGCACCUCUACAAGUCCAUCACCAACUUCUUCAUCGAGUGUUUUCAGGAAGAGGAGGAGAAGAGGUUUGAAGAGGUGGAUGACGAAGAAGAAGAGUAAUAAGAUUUUCCCGGUUGAUUAAUUAUUAUUCUCUUCAACCAUUCAAAGCACCAGCUGGGUCCACAUCCAGCAGUGAUAGGGUGCACCCAGACACUUGUGCCACCCACAUCUUGUUUCCAACAGAACUGCUUCCUGUUAUUGUAGCCACCCUAAAUCUUUGUUUAAAGAAAAUAAACAAACGUGUUAAUUUAGUCAAGCACUGUGAAAUUAAAAUAUUGCCGAAGACAAUUGCAUAUUAGAUGAAAUGCUUGCUUAACCUUUGUCAAGACUGCAACUAAACACGCGCCUAAGAUUAUUCUGGAUACCCAGAAGAGUAAUUCGAGGCCUGGCACUUCUGUACCGUUUGGGGAAAUUAUGUUUGUGUGCCAAUGCAGCUUUCUGAUGUGGAAAUGGUUAAGCUGUAUCUCAUAGACUAAGGGAAUGCUCAUGUAAAAAUAUACAAAUGUUUCUUUUUUUUAACAAGUGGGAAUAAGAGCUCAGGCAAAGCAUAUCCUGCUUGUGGUUGAGAAACAUAAAGGGUUAUAUACAACAUACUGUAUAAACAUUCUGAUAAUUUAACUGAUGGCCAUGCAAGCCAACAAGGACUGUACAGUAGUAUUACUUGGACUUUAAGAGGAGAAAAAGACCUGACCGAAGCUACUGAGUAAGUAAAUAGAGGCUAAAGGUGAAUUCUCUGUAAUGGGAUGUUUUGUGUUCAUGUUGUUGUCUGUAAUAUUUUCUCUAACAUCAGCUAAUUUUUGUAUCGUCCUGUUCGCAUAUUUAAACAAAACAGUUGUGUAGCUUUAUAAAUAGUGUAAUUUAAGCUUACAUUUUGAAUGAAUUACAUGGCUGCCUUUUUGGAAGAUUGCUUGUUUUCUUGUACACUUUAUUUUUCCCUCCCCCUUCCAUGAUGUUUUCCUUUCAUGUACAGUGGGGACUUUUUUUCAUAUUUUCCUCAGCUUGCACCCGCCACCAUUUUCUAGUGCGUGUAGUACUGUCACCGCAUGGGUUUACCACGAAUGAUCAUGGCAAAAGGUGCAACUCCUGUUGAAGUUGGUCAGUGAAGUUGCCUCCACACUCCAGCUAAUUAGCUGAUGCUUUGUGAAGAAGUGCAUGCAUCCCGAACGUGAACAAUGGCCUUGCAAAGGCUUGGAUCCGAUAGUGAUACGUGCUCAACCAGUAGUUUUGUAACGACUGACAAAAUACACUAGUUCAAAUAAGUAUGAAAAAAAUAAGAUGCAAGAGUGAUUUUAUUGGAACUCCCAUCUGUCGCCACGUGACCUGCAGAGAAUGGCUCGUUGAACACAAUCCCGAGCAAGCGACUUUCGUGGGAAAAACGUGGACUGCAACAAGAUUUCACUAAACAGCGGCGGAGAUACUUAAAUUAUUACGAGUGUGCAUCCCCUUCUUCAACACACAAGCAAAGGGCAAUUCGUAUGAAAUACAAGCAGCGCCUCUACAGCGAAGGACUGCUGGGAAUUCAAUUGUAAUAUGUGUAAGCUGCUGCUGUAUAAAGUUCACUGGAAAUGUCUCUGGAGAAACUAUAUUCGUAGUUUUGCUUGCCAUGAUGUUCCUCGAAGUCCUUAAGGGGUUAUUCAUCAUUAUAAACAUAAAACACGGGUGUAUAAACCGCAUGCUAUGAGGAGGGGGAAAGUCUGGUUAUGCAAUUGUUUUGAAGGGCACCUGUUGAGAGACCUCUGGGGAUCAAUAAUGUACUCUUCGUGGCGUGGGAGAUGAGAAGGUAUCAUCUGUAGACUUCUUUUAAAUGUUGAUAUUGAUUAAUCCUUCACUCAACCACGCUGCCAGACUUAAAUAUAUAGACCGAUUUCAUAAAUAUUGUGCAUAAUGUACAACAACAAUGCUGACAUUUAGAGUUAAGAAACCCACACAGAGAACAGAUUGUUCUGUGGACACAGAACAUUCACUGACUUAGAAAUUGAAAUAAAAAAUAAAAUUUAAGCAAUCGGGAAUAUUCCAACAAGCUCACAUUUUGAGGUUAAUGCACUAAUUUGACUUGGUUUGGAAGGGAAAAAAUGGACCAUGUGUAUAACAGUAUAAUUGUGGCAAUCACUUAAAUAUUUUUGAGUUUAGAAAAAAGGAAUAAAAAUGCAUGACAUUUGCACCGCCCAGAGAAGUAUCCAUAUGAACAAAAAAAGAAUGUGCAUGUCAAUUUAAUUUAAUAUCUUUCCUGUGAUGUACCGUGUAGUUCUGUGUGAUUUAAAUGUUAAUAUUUCCAUAUUCGCAUUUAACAGUUGAAAAUGCGUUUAUUUUCAGGUUGCUUUUGUGUUAUGGGUUAGGGAGACACUUCAUCAGUUGUGGAAAACAUGUAAUUUUAAAAUGAGAUACAUACAAUUUUACUAAUUUAUUUGGGAUGUUACAGGGGGCAGGGGGGCACAAUGUUAGCUAUAAUCUUCACCCUAACAUAAAUCUAGUGUAUUCAGUCCUCUCUUUAAGUUAGCAUUUUAGGGCCAAUGCAGGGUUUACACUUGUAUCGUGUGUCCAUCAAACUUGAGCAAUCUACAAAGGAAAUGGAUGUCUCCACACUCAAUUGGUUAAUAACGUGCCGACCAACACAUUUCUAUUGCUCAUGUGACAAUAAUUCCUCAUUUCCACGACGUGUGAAAACGUGCCAUAUCCUGGCUGAGUUGGUGAUAUGUCUGAAGUAUUUUCCCCAUGACUUUAAAAGUGGGACCUGUGCUAUCAUAAAAGUGUUCUUACAAGUGGAAGCACACUUGCAUUACACUUUUUUUAGAAUAAAUACUUGGUUAAGAACAGCGUUUUUUAAACAUUUUGUUAUCCACUUAAUAACAUGGUUGCCCUGAUCGCUAUGAAGCCCUUGAGCCACAUUAAUCGAGUUUAAAUUUUAGUUGCCAACUUGGCCGGGCAUUUCCCAUAUUUUGUUUUUGUCAAACUCGACUUGGUCACGAAUUCUUGGUGCAGCCUGAAUUCAGGAUUCCCCAAAUUACAACAAUACAUGUCGGUGGCAGGAAGACUUAAUUUUAUUAUAAUAUUUAACAUUUUCAUCAGCAAUGCAGUCUUGACCUUUUACUCGAAGCAUUUCUGAGUGAGUCUUACUGUGAAGUAUUUCUGCAAAAGACCUGUCCAUCUCAUAUUGAAAAAAUAUGGCAACUCCAUUUUUUUACCAACUAAAGGUGCCCUUCCACUCGAGUUUGGGAGACAUCAGGUUAUAUCAGGCCAGCUCGAGUUGACAAGUUGUAUGUCCCAUGGAAACUAAUUAAGUUUCGUUCUCAGUGAAGCUGCUACUUUCCAAGCACAGGUCAGUCAUUUGGCCACAAGAGGUAGGAGAAUAGAGGGUGUGUGAAUGUGAAGAAUACAUGAGGUGGGAAGGCACGAGCACAUGCAGAGGACAUGGAUAUGAGAUUGAGCACGGCUUGGGCCUGAGACUGGCCCUAUCCUGCCGUGGAAUUGUAGACUCACAUGCUAAUGAAGUCUGACUGCCUUCUGUUAGCCGAGUAGCCACGGUGACGUGUGUUGUAAUUGCGGCAUGUACGUCGUUUGCUUUUGUGGAAAAUGCUUCCCCUUGGUCGUAAAAAAAACAAUUGUUCUGUGCCGCUUUCGUUAAUGUGCAUUCAGAUUAUCAAAGGGUGUAUAAGACGUGAGGGACCUGUAUUUAUCGGCCUGUUUUAAUUUCCUGUGGAGUUGCAUUCUGAAUAAAAGUAAUCCUGGAUUCGAA